CGCAUUUUGCCUUGAAUAGAAGUCUUUUUGCUUUCUUCCAUAACCCUUUUCUUCCGCCGGCGCUGCAUUCUUCAGAGCAUCGUUCAGAGUGAAAUUGGUAAGUGAGAGAAAGUUGCAGUGCACGCCUUAAGAAGAAGGAGACCUCGUGAAGGAGGAAGCUCUUAGAAAUUGCAUUCUCAGGCAUGACUACUGCGGGGAAAUCAGCGGUGGUGGUGGAAGGCUCACCACAGUCAAAUGCGCGAGCUGGUGGGGUGUGUGACUUGAAAAGGAAAGCAGAAUUUAUUAAAAGUGCAUCUCCCGUGCGUAGAAGUGGUAGGCUGAUGCUGGUACAGCUUAAGAAGAGACCAAAGCGGGAUGCUGAACAUGUGGAUUUAGGUGAAGAAAACGAUGAUGGGUCCAAAGAUGUUGAUGAUGUAGACAAAGAGGAUAAGGAUGACGAUGAGGUUAUGGGUUGUGCUGGAAAUGAUGUUGAAGAUCCUGAGCAUGAGGGUGAUAGUUCUGAUAGUGACGAUGAUUUUGAGGAACCCCCAAAGAAGAAUAUCAGUGUGGAUAUCCCCCAACCUGUGAAUUCAAAAGUUGCAGCAGUGGUGAAGAAAAGGAAGGACGGACUUCGGAAGAUGAAGGAAAAGUACAUGAGGAUAAGGACGAGAUCUUCACCACAUGUGUUGCAGGGAGUGUUGGAUAUAACAUCCAAAAGCAGGAGAUAGAAAAGAUUGGUUUCGGUUCUAUUCUGAGGUUACGGUUGACAGAACUGCCUGCCAAAUUGGGGUUUUGGGUGGUAAAGAAUUUUAAUCCAAGGAGCAGCACGCUUGAGCUUCCAAAGCAUGUCAGAUUGCAUAUCAGCAUAGAAGAUGUUGAGCAUGUGUUGGGCUUGCCGAGGGGAAAUAUUAAGAUAAGUAACAAAGCAAGGAGUGAGAAAUGUAGCCU